AGUCAGAGAAUAAAAUCUUUGCAAGGUCAGCUCCAGAAGCAGUUAGUGUUAGAAGACAGAGUGUACAUAGCCCAGAGCAACAGAAAGUACCACCUAUCAUUGUAAAUGUGAUGGUCUGUUUCUGAGGCACUGAGAUGAUAUUGCUGGGCUAUACUGUUCUGCUCCUACUCUGGACAUGUACUGCAGAAAAAGAUUGCGAAACUCCACCUCCUAGAAGAAGUAAGGAAAUACUUAUAGGAACCUGGGACAAGGCAUCCUAUCCACAUGGUACUUCAGCAACUUACAACUGUCGACCUGGGUACAUAAAACUUGGUCGUGUUACAUUUGAGUGUACAAAUGGUGUGUGGAAACAUCUCCACCCAUACGUGGAAUGUAGAAACAAGCCCUGUGGCCAUCCUGGAGAUAUUCAGUUUGGCUCCUUUGAACUUACCGCUGGAACGGAGUUUGUAUUUGGCGCUCGCGUUGAGUACAAAUGUGAUGAAGGUUAUCAGAUGCUCAGCCAAAGAAAUUUCCGUGAGUGUCAGGCAGAUGGAUGGAGCAAUGAACUCCCCCACUGUGAAGUGAGGAAGUGUUUACCAGUAAAUGCACCAGAAAAUGGAAAAAUCCUUGCCACUGGUGUAUAUGAGGCAGACCAAGAAUUUUCCUUUGGCCAAGUUAUACAGUUUGAAUGUAAUGAAGACUAUAAACUUUCUGGAUCGAAAGAAAUACAUUGCUCAGCUGAUGGAAAUUGGAAUGCUGAAGUACCUAGAUGCAUAGUGAUAACCUGCGAGCCACCAAUAAUUAAGAAUGGAAACUUAAUGAUACCAAAGAGAGUUUACAGGGAGAAUGAACAAUUGCAGUUUACCUGUAAAUCAGGAUAUACAUUCGGUGAAAGAUCUGAUGCAGAGUGUACUAAAUAUGGAUGGCGUCCAGAACCAGUUUGUAAAGAAAUAAGAUGUGAUCCUCCUACAGUGAUUAAUGGAACCUACCGCUCUGAAAAGAGAGUGUUCAGAGAAUUAGAUGUAAUCAGAAUAUACUGUGAUCAUGGAUUUCACUUUGAAACUGACAAUAGUGUAAACACAGCAGAAUGCACAAAGAAUGGUUGGUUACCUAUUCCAAGAUGUGUCUUGAGACCCUGUGACGACCCACAUCUAGAAAAUGGAGAAUUAUCUGGGUUUUAUCAAAACUACAAAGAACAAGCCUUUCCAGCACGCUUAGGCUCGUCUGUUUACUACAGAUGUUUUAAUGGAUACGUAUCUAAAAACGAGGAGAGGUGGACUCUAAGUCGAUGUACUAAAGAGGGCUGGGAUCCAAUGCCAAAAUGCCUUAGAAAGUGUUCUCUGGAUCAUUUGGAAAAUGGUAGAUUUCUAGUUAGCUAUUGGAAAAGAACCUACAAAGAAGGUGAUGAAAUUUCAUAUGUGUGUGAUCGUGAAUAUAGCCCUGAAAAUAUGAAAACCAAAGCCACAUGCACAAAGAAUGACUGGUCCCCUACUCCAAGAUGUAUCUUUAAAAAAAUAUGUGAAAAAGUUGACAUACAGAAUGGUUAUUACUCUCAAAGUCAGAACAGCUUUAAUUUAAAUGAAGAAGCAACAUAUAGUUGUCGAAUUGGUUACACGACUGCAGAAGGAAAAGAUGUAGGGAAAACACAAUGCCUUAAAGGAGGAUGGACUCCUUUACCAAAGUGCAUCAAGACAUGUAGAAAGCCUACUUUCAAGAAUAUUAAUUUCCACACAAAUGAAAGUGUGUUUCUGCCUGAAGAAAUACUGGAAUAUGAAUGUGCAGAUGGAUACCAAACUGUAAAUAAAAUCAUAACAGGUUACACAGAGUGUGGCAUAAAUGGAUGGACUCCCGAGCCCCAGUGUCUGGCUAUAGAAUGUGAAAUGUUGACAUUGUCCCAUGUCAGGAUUUCCCCCAUGAAAGGUAAAUACGACAAUGGAGAUGUGGUAACAUUUUCCUGUGCAAAAAAUCUCAUAAGAGUGGGACCUGACUCCUCUCAAUGUUAUUACUUUGGAUGGUUCCCAGCAUCUCCAACAUGUAAAGCGGAAACUCAAGUUUGUGGGGAACCAACCAGCAUUACCAAUGGGAUUAUUAUCAGUGAACUUAAUGAGAAAUAUCAACAUGGUGACUCAGUGGAAUAUGAGUGCAACCGCAGGUUUAGAAUGAUUGGAUUUAGAAAAAUAGAAUGUAUUGAUGGAGAAUGGACAUCUUCACCUUCUUGCAUAGAAGAGGAAAAAACUUGUGAAGAACCACCCAGUAUUAACAACGGGAAUGCUGUCAAUGUAGUAGACCCUCCCUCGUAUCUUCAUGGAGAUACAGUGGAAUAUGAAUGUGAAGAAAACUAUGUAAUGGUUGGGCCAAAGACAGUGAAGUGUCUUAGUGGAGAAUGGACAUCUCCACCUUCAUGUGCUAAUCAAUUUGCUCCAUGUAAAUUUCCAGAGAAUUCUGAGAAUAUAGCUAUUUUACAAACUGACACCAAGAAAAAGAUCUAUAAGCAGAAUGAACGUAUCGUUUACCAAUGUAUAUCAGAUGCCAGAAACUUUAAGCAAGCAACUUGUACAAAUGGGGAAUGGUCACCCAAACUUGACUGCAUAGAGAUUAAAAGAAAAUGCCCACCUCCACCUCAGCUACCGGGUGCCAUCAAGAUCACAGAGACACGAAACUAUGAGAGUGGUGAAAAAAUAGCUUUUACAUGCCUAAAACAUUUUGAACAUCAAGGUGUGAAAGAAAUAAUGUGUGAAAAUGGGAAGUGGCAAUCACCACCACGCUGUGUUGAAGAAAAAGCAUGUUUGCAACCACCUUCCAUAGAAAAUGGUGAGAUUCGCAGUUUAGAAAAUCAGAACUUAAGACAGAAGCAAUCAGGACCAGUGACUUAUCGGAAUGGUGCUGCGUUAACAUACAGUUGUAACCCUGGCUUCAUGUUACAUGGAACACCUGAGAUAAUUUGUGAGACUGGAAAAUGGACUUCAGCUCCUACAUGUGUUGAAAUGCCAUGCAUAGGUGUUCCAGAUGUUUUCAAUGCUGUGAUUGGAAGUAGAGUGAAGGAUAGUUAUGCGCCUGGUGAAACAGUACGUUAUCAAUGCAAUCCUGGUUUUAACAUCAAUGGAUCACCAGAUGUUACGUGUAGAGCAGGGAAGUGGUCCCAACAACCUAUAUGUGAAGAUGUAACAUGUGGAGCUCCACCUGCAGUUACCAAUGCUGAUACUGAAAAAAAUGAAAAGAGAAGGUACCUGCCUGGUGUUAGGGUGCAGUAUAAAUGUCGUGAAGGUUUUGAAAGUAUGGGAUUGAACUAUGUAACCUGUCAAGGCAGAGUAUGGUCACAACCACCAAUUUGCAAAGAUAUGAGAUGUGCAACUCCGCCAGAGAUUUCUGAUGGUAAAAUUCAAGGUCCUAAAAAGCGAAGGUAUUUGCCUGGCGAUAGGGUGCGUUAUCGAUGUAGACAAGGCCUGAGCCUUAUUGGGUCUGUGACGGUAACAUGUAAGGAAGGAAAGUGGUCCCAAUUACCAUUAUGCAGAGAGGCUGCUGGAAAAUGUGGGCUCCCACCUGCUAUUGAUUAUGGCGACACCAUUGCCUUUGCACAGGCAGAAUAUGACUCCGGUUCAACAGUGAAAUACAAAUGCCAAAGUUUUUAUAAAAUGGAGGGAUCUGCAUUGAUUAGCUGUGAGUCUGGCCACUGGACAGACCCACCAGUUUGCUUAAAGCCAUGUACAGCAUCCCCAGAAGAAAUGGAGAAAAACAACAUUAAGCUGAAAUGGUCCUGGGAAAAGAAAUUGUACUCAGAAAGUGGAGACUUCAUUGAAUUUAAGUGUGAAGAUGAAUACAUAGAGGAUCCAACAUCAUCUCCAUUUAGAGUACAGUGUAUGGAGGGGAAAUUGGCAUAUCCUAAGUGUAAGACACGAGGUACUUCAGGAUGAAUAAAAAGAAGCAUCAUUUUAACCCAGUUCUGAGGAUCAAAAUCCCAUUGACCAGUUAUUUGUAAUGUUCACAUAUUAUGUCCUUUGGCAAUAUUUUAACCUAGAUUGUCUGAACUGAUACAUGUAAUCACUUCUUUUUAUCUUUGGUCACAAUGUAAUUUUUUUAAACAAAUUUUAAACCAAUCUUAAAAUAGUAACAACAGAUGGGCAAAUUGGUUCAAACUCAGCUCAAACUACAGCUUUUUAUGAUCUUUGGAAAAGGAAACUUUAAGAGUAAUCAUACACUUCUUCACUUCCUGAAUUACACACUUCCUGCUUGCUGAAAGAGAAAGCAGCAGUAUUUCCCUCUGGUCCAAAUCAAGAACUCCUGAAAGUCUCUCUAGCAACCUUAAACUUGGGAGACUUGUAGCCCAAAUCACCACAACAGAAGGUUUGGGAUAUGCACUGAUGCUUUUCUGAGUUUCUCCAUCACAGUAAGCAGUUGAUCAUCAUUCUUCCAAAUGUUUUAGUCCAUGCAACCAAAAAAUGAUUGUCAUCCAGCACAGUUGUACAGAAAACACUGACUUCUCUGGUUAAAGUUUACACUCAUACUGUCUUAAUUAUUUUUCCUUUUUAAAAUUAAAUCUUUGUAUUUCAUUGGCCAUUCUUCUUUAAAAGUCUUAUUUGUACUUGUUGGACUUUUAUUAAUACCUUGUCAUGAAGUAAAGCAGGAAGAAAUUUUAGGAUUUGUAGAAAAAUGGAGACAAAUAUGAAAGCCUGCAGCUAAUUCAAAUAGCAACUUGAUACAUGUGUUUGGCAGUGUGUGAAUAAAUGGUCUAUUCUAAUCUUCCACUGUAUGAAAUAAACUGGAAAUUUGA